GCCAGUCCAGACCGCACUGUUACAACUGUCUGACAACGGACUUGAAAGCAGAGAGCUCAAGCUGUAGCAGGAAGAUGUUGUGGUUCAUGGAGGGAAUGUGCUUUCUCCCCGUGUCUCUUGUCAUUGUGUCGUCGUUUUCUUUUAUUGUCUGCUAUGCCAUUGCAACUCUGGAGCGUCACGUCGACCCUGUGUUCCCGUACAUCAGUGACACAGGAGUACAGGUUCCAGAAAGUCAAAUCUUUAGCCUUUUGAUUACAUUUGCAGCCAUUUUAGGAGUGGCUACAAUGUAUACAAGAUACAAGAUACUUGAAAAGAUAAAUGACCCAAUGUCUAACUUUAACACCGGACUGAAUAAAAUAACACUGAUGGCUGGCAUUUUUGGUUGUCUAGGAAUGCUCACUGUUGGCAAUUUUCAGGAAAACACAGUCAGAAUAGUUCAUGACAUAGGAGCCUUUAUAGCCUUCUUCUUUGGAGUUACUUAUAUUGGCCUUCAGUCCCUCAUAUCAUUUAAGAUGUGUCAAAAUGGAAGUACGAGGACAAUGCACCUUCUGCGAUUGGCCAUCUUCAUCAUUUCCUUCAUUGCAAUGUGGCCAAUGUUUGUGUGUGGAGGUGUGCUGACAGAUUCAACUUUGCACUGGCAUAGAGAUGAUAAGGGCUACACAAAGCAUAUCAUAAGUGCAGUUUGUGAGUGGAUCGUAGCUUUUGGGUUUGUCUGUUUUUUCUUGACCUACAUCAGAGAAUUUCAGAGAUUUACUUUGAAGAUGAAGACUAAUGUGCUUGGCUUACACUGACACAACUGUGGCGCUGGGUCUGUUUAUUUUGUUUUGUAUGUUUUUAUGCCGUAUAAUGCACCUGUGAUUGUCUUGUGAUUUAUAUUUUAUUAAAUACAUUUAAUUUUGUUAAUUGCAUUAUUUUGAGACGUGGUUUACAUUUAUAUUGUAAUUUUACAGAAUUUUGUAAUAGAUUAAAAUAAAUAGCAGCAUAUAAGUUAUAAAUAUGGCAGCACAGUAGUUAGUGCUUCUACCUCACAAAUCCAGCAUCCUGGACUCAAAUCUCCCUUUCAUCUUCUUUCAUAGAGUGGAAUCACUUCUGGCACUUACAGGAUUCGAUCCGGCUGCACCUUCCAAUUACCGGCGCAGAUCCCACCCUGCCUCACAGCCACCACUCCGCCCAGCAGUUAACAGGAAGUUCCAAACUGGCCCUGCAGUGGACUGUUACAUUUUCCAGGGCUGUUUCCUGCUUUGUAUCCAGUGCUCCCCAUUUCCCAGAAUUGGAUUAAGUGCGCUUGAGAUUGAGAUGAAUUUACUGGGAAACAAUUCCCAAAUCCGUGUGGGAUUUCAAUGUUCUUGUGCACACAUUUGUUUUCCCAACUCUCCAUCCCCAUCCUAAAGGCAAGCAGGUCUGGCUGGGGGUGUCUCAGAACUGGCCUGGUGUGAAUAGUUUUCAUAGGAGGGGUCCUUACCAUAUGCAUUCACUGCAAGGCUGGAGCCCACCAGGGACAGGUAGAAAGUUCAUCACAAGGCAAAUUAAUGCCUACAACCAGUUUAGAGACACAUGUCGGCCAAACUUCCACGUCUGUGAGAUGAGAGAGAAGACUGGAGCACGGAGAGGGACAAAAACAAAACCAAAAAACAGAUGGGGACAUGGGGAGCAGGUGCCAAUGGCACACAGACAGGGGACAGGCUGGGACUGAAAUGGUAAUGUAACAAAGCUAACCUCCACACCACUGAAAAUCAAUGGAUGGAUGGAUAAAGUCGAUGGGGGUCUGUGCUUGAGAUACCUCUGAAAGCCAAUUCUAUAAACUCUUCUCUUUGACACCCACCUUAAAGAAGGGAUCUAUAAUUGAAGCCCACAACGUUGUAGCCUCUGCCAAUCAUCUCCCAGUCGCUCAAGGCACACUCUCACCUUUAGUGCAGCUUUAGCCACUCUCAGCUCCUAUUACUUUAGACAAUCUGAAAAGCUUGUUUAAUUCACAAAAUAUGUCACAGCAUCAUCCUCCCAGUGUGAUUAAGAGAUAGAUAAUAGAUACAAUGUGUCCUGAUCUAAUAUUAAGUAUUACGUACAAUGCAAACAUGCUUUUCUGUUUUGUCUCAAAGGUGUAACACCCAAACUCAAAACUCUCAAUGAACACUUGGUGCCAUUUUAUCAUCUAACAGUCUUGGUUGUUCUUUCUCUGGUUACCCUGUCCACAUUGUAUCCUGUUCUUAUAGGAUUCUGUAUUCCACUGAAUCAUGUAAAGUGAAUUCCAUAAGGAAUUGAUGGAGAGAGAAACUGUUAUUGGGAGGCACUUGCGUUCAUGGCCAGCAUCCUGCAUGUUUUACUAUACAGCGUAUCAUCUAGGGCCAAACCCCAUGUUGUGUAUGCACACCUAGGAUUUUCCUUCCUAUAUGUAAACUGGAAUCUGCCCCAUAUCCCCCCAAUUCACCAGUCAGUCACUGCCAGUAGAAAGUCUCUUAAAUCCCAUAAUAUUGUGACACAAGUGAACAAACGUCUUUAUUUUGAGCUGUGUUGUCAAAGGGAGACUGACCAGAGGCAGGUCACUUGAAGACGAGUGAGUAGUACCACAAGACGAGUAAGAGUGCAAGUGCCCCCCAGUGCUCUAUGCAGUCCAAGUCCAUAAAGUUCUGCACUUUAUUGCCAUUGCAAUGCCAGUUGUGUGGAGUCUGAUGACACACAGGUAAAAAUCAAAAUGAAUAUACAGCAUAAGGAGAACAAGAAUUACCAUUACACACCACCCAUAAACCACCAACUUGACAAAAACACGCUUAUGACAUAUUUGACUGAUUUCUACAUUUUACACUUACGGUGCAGAUGCCCCGCCCAUUACCUUUCGUUUUGUUGUUUGAGUGCACCUGCACACCAGUCGAGCCAGGAGCAGAAUACUUAGCAGGUGCUAAGGUUACCCUGCCAUACUUUCACUUCCUUAUAUAGCAGAAGGAGCAAAACCGACAAAUAUUGAAACUUACUUCACACGUGUGGUCCUUAGGAAAUGUAAUUAGUCACCAUAUGCUUCCCAAUGACCAGAGACACUCAAGUGCACUGGAGCUUGAACAUCUAAUGCUCUACACAACACUACAGGAAGUUCUGUAUUUUUUUUUGGUCACUCCAAGGUGCAUUUUCCUGUCACUUCCCAAAGACGUGAAUGUUAGGUUAAUGUAGGUGUGAGUGUCCCCUGGGAAAUACUGAUGUCCAUCAGAGUAGAUCUGCUCCCUGUGCCUAGGACUGCUCUGAAAAACUCUGGCUGUGUGGUGUGGUGGUUAAGACUUGAAACCCUGAGGUUGAGGGUUCAAAUCCUGCUUCUGGCACUGUGUGACCAAUAACAAGUCACUCCACCUUCCUGUGCUCCAAUUGGAAAAACAAAAAAAAAUGUGACCAUUGUAUGUCAUUGUCAGCCGUCUCACAAGUAACAACUCAAAGCUGAAAUGGAUAGAUAAUGUCAUGUGACCACAGAAACAUGGUAAGGAGCACUUAAAACUUUAACACAUCGUAGUGCAUAACUAAAAGUCAUUAAACACAAAUUUCAGUCUUUACUGUUAAUUUAUUUUAUUGGGGUAUUCCCCUGGUGAGUGGCUCUUUAGUUCUCAGUGCUGUACGAUGAAACGUGUUGGAGGUCAAAAGAUUCAGUACCAGCUUUGUGCUUCGAGGUACUGCCUGAAUGUGGCAUAACCUACCUACCCACAAAAGAGCUUUAAAUCAGAACUGAAUGCAGGGUUGGUGCACAAGGGCUGGAAAACCUAAUAUCAACCCACUGCAGAGCCAAGCAUUUGACACAAGCGAUGGAAGUGGCCCAAGUCAGAUGAAGCCCGGGAAUCAUUAUCCACAAAAAGCAAAACAUUUUUCAUCAGGGUAUCAAAAGGUAGCAGAGAUAAAUGCAUCUCUGCCAUUCAGGCAAACUGUUGCUGUUGACUGUUUUAAAAAUGACCAUUGCAAAUGAUGUUGUCUGAAAAAUGAUCACGGAUGACAUUCAAGGCUUUCACCACUGAAGGGCAAUACUUUCAGGUGCACAGAAAGAAAAAAACCAAACAGAACCAUCUGCUGUUCACGCUAAACCACUCCAGCGUAGAGCCAAACGCUUUCUUUGAAAUUACUGAUCUUAUCAACUUCAGGCUAAAGGCCCAGAGACUGUCAGUCGUAGGCUUCAUUUAACAUAAUCGUAGAUAGUUGGGGGAGUUGUGAUGCACUCCCCAGACUGACAUACCCGGUCCAACUAGUCUGUGAGUUGCCCUGACAGAGUCAAACUGGUUGUCACAGAGGUGAUGAUCAAUGAAUGUUCAACUGGAAGUACAAUGCAUAUAAUGUAGUGACAAAAAAUAAGAAACGUGGGUGUUUUGGACCUCAAAAACAGAAGAAAGGCUCAUCUAUUUGAUGCCUCGUGUUUUAUGUACUAGAAGAGAAUGGAGAAGAAUAAAAAAAAAACUGCAGCUGAACUCACUGUAUGGGACGUGUAAAACCCUUGUACAACACUGGCUCCUUCACACAACAUGAAAAAGGGGUAAGCACGCAAUACUUAGGAAAUGUGAAUAUUUGCUAGAAAUUCACAUAAUCUUGUCAAGUGCUUUCUAGUUAUGUAAUAACAAAUCCUGAAGCAAUGAGAUCAACAACUUCAGAUGUCCAGUUUGACAUCCCACCCGACUAGAAAUUGUGUAGCAUGACAUCAGUUUAAGUAACAUUUUUCAUAGUGAGUGCUGUCACAUGAUGAAUUAGCAGAAUAGACAACAGUAGCAGAAAAUGUGAGUGAAGAUAAAGAAAAUUAAAGUUAAUUAUUAGUAAGUUCAAGAAAACUGUGGUGCAGAAUGCAAGCUAGAGAGUGGUGCGUGAAAUAAGUGCACAGCAAGAAGCCCCAUCCUGGUUUUAGGAAGACCAAAGACUGUCAGGUGAAGCUAGUGAGAAGCCCCCGUUCAACUUUUGCUAUCUGUCAUCACAAGCUGGAGAGCAGCCAUACUGUAUUCUUUGGAACAGCAAAUUACAACUGUUGGAGCUCCAUGACCAUAGAAGCUCGUUCAAGUGACAAAGGAUUUGUGAAACAAUCGGGUAGUGAGUGCUCAUGGGAGAGGCACAACUGGUGGAAAAGUGGUGUACUACGACUCUGAGCAGUACACGAUAAGAAAUCCUUCUGUCCAUAGCCCAGAGUUUGUUGCAGACAUUAUGGAUUGAACACAGUGAUUAUUGCAACAGAUGGGUGUGUCAUGAAGGUCAUGUCAGACUUGCUUCAUUAUCUGGGGCUUCUUUGUAUGCCACAGAACUAUUAUUAAGAAUUCUUUUUAUGGCCUGUCAAAUCCCUCAGAUUAUAUUGUACAAACCUGCAUGGCUUUUACCUGUUAAAAACUACCUAAUAAUCUUGCCUUUUUUUGAUGUAGUUUAAUUAAAAAGUUCAAUGGAAGUUGAAAGCUCUCCACAGAUUUAUGUCUGUCAGCA